AAUGGGCGGGGUUUAUUGAAGGAAGCGCUUAGAGAAGCCUUUGGCUGAAGGAAAGGAGAGAAAAAAAACAUUUUCCGUUCCGUGUCCGUCCUGUCACGCGCCCGCUCCGGUUGUGUUGAACGAACGAAAAGGCCCGGAACCCGGCAAAGAUCCGUAACCCGAAUCUCGCGGACAGAGAGCAGACUGCGGCCUGGGGGGUGUAGCCUGUCCUGACCGUCUUAUAGCACUAGCAUUAGCUGUUCGGCUAGCUGACUCACAGAGAGCAGGAAAAAAAAAAGCCCGGACACCGAGUUCGGUUGAACCGUGUCGCGUUUCAGCCUUACAGCCGCCUUUGGACCGCCGUGAUCCAGCGGACCGGCCAGCGGCGGAGCCGCACUGACCCGGGAUUCGUUCCGCGCGUUGAAUGAGUUUCUCUGGAGAGGAAACGAGCGGCGAGCCCGUGACCUCGAUCUAAACCGCCUCAGAUACACACUUCAGCGGAUCUCCGCCGGACCGAGCCGCUUAGCAGCAGCGUUAGCCAGCUAGCACUAACAUCACCUCACAACCACUACAUCCGAGCUUUAGCUUCUGGGUUAAACCCGCUAUCGGGCUGGUACCGGUCCGGACACGGUACCGUGUGGGAGACAAUCCUUUAUCCGACUGUUAGACAGAGAGACCGCGGGACACACACGGGAAGAUGCCGGCCGUGUCGAAGGGAGACGGGAUGCGGGGGUUAGCGGUGUUCAUCUCCGACAUCAGGAACUGUAAAAGUAAGGAGGCUGAGAUCAAGCGCAUCAACAAAGAGCUGGCCAACAUCCGCUCCAAGUUUAAAGGAGACAAAGCUCUGGAUGGAUACAGUAAGAAGAAGUAUGUGUGUAAGCUGCUCUUCAUCUUCCUGCUGGGACACGACAUCGACUUCGGCCACAUGGAGGCUGUGAACCUGCUCAGCUCCAACAAGUACACCGAGAAACAGAUUGGUUAUCUGUUCAUCUCGGUGUUGGUGAACAGUAACAGUGAACUGAUCAGGCUGAUCAAUAACGCUAUAAAGAACGACCUGUCGAGCAGGAACCCCACCUUCAUGUGUCUGGCUCUGCACUGCAUCGCUAACGUGGGCAGCAGGGAGAUGGCCGAGGCCUUCGCUGGAGAGAUUCCACGCAUCCUGGUGGCAGGGGACACGAUGGACAGUGUGAAACAGUCAGCUGCUCUGUGUCUGCUGCGUCUGUAUAAGACGUCUCCGGAUCUGGUGCUGAUGGGAGAGUGGACCUCCAGAGUGGUGCAUCUACUGAACGAUCAGCACAUGGGUGUGGUGACUGCAGCCAUCUCCCUCAUCACCUGCCUCAGCCAGAAAAACCCAGACGAGUUUAAGACAUGUGUGUCCUUGGCCGUGUCCCGUCUCAGCAGGAUCGUGUCCUCGGCGUCCACCGACCUGCAGGACUACACCUAUUAUUUCGUCCCUGCUCCCUGGCUGUCCUGUAAGCUACUGCGUCUCCUGCAGUGCUACCCUCCUCCUGAGGAUGGCGCUGUAAAAGGCCGUUUGGUGGAGUGUCUAGAGACGAUUCUUAACAAAGCCCAGGAACCUCCAAAGUCCAAGAAGGUGCAGCACUCCAAUGCCAAGAACGCCAUCCUGUUCGAGGCUAUCGCUCUCAUCAUUCACUAUGACAGUGAGCCGAACCUGCUGGUGCGUGCGUGUAAUCAGCUCGGUCAGUUCCUGCAGCACAGAGAGACUAACCUGCGCUACCUGGCCCUCGAGAGCAUGUGUACACUCGCCAGCUCCGAGUUCUCCCACGAGGCCGUCAAAACACACAUCGAGACGGUCAUCAACGCUCUCAAGACGGAGCGUGACGUCAGCGUACGUCAGAGGGCUGCAGAUCUGCUGUACGCGAUGUGCGACCGCAGUAACGCUAAGCAGAUCGUAGCCGAGAUGCUGAGUUACCUGGAGACAGCGGACUAUUCCAUCCGCGAGGAGAUGGUGCUGAAGGUGGCCAUUCUGGCUGAGAAGUACGCAGUGGACUACUCCUGGUACGUGGACACCAUCCUCAACCUGAUCCGCAUCGCCGGCGACUACGUGAGCGAGGAGGUCUGGUACCGCGUCAUCCAGAUCGUCAUCAACCGCGACGACGUGCAGGGCUACGCCGCUAAGACCGUGUUCGAGGCCCUACAGGCUCCAGCGUGUCAUGAGAACAUGGUGAAGGUCGGGGGUUACAUCCUCGGGGAGUUUGGGAACCUUAUUGCUGGAGAUCCUCGUUCCAGUCCGCUGGUUCAGUUUAAUCUGCUCCACUCGAAGUUCCACCUGUGUUCGGUUCCUACUCGUGCUCUUCUCCUCUCAGCUUACAUUAAGUUCAUUAAUCUGUUCCCUGAGACGAAGAGCACCAUCCAGGAGGUUCUGCGCUGCGACAGUCAGAUCAGGAACAGUGACGUGGAGCUCCAGCAGAGAGCCGUGGAGUAUCUCAAACUCUCCUCCAUUGCCAGCACUGAUGUUCUGGCCACAGUGCUGGAGGAGAUGCCCCCGUUCCCUGAGAGAGAGUCCUCCAUCUUGGCCAAGCUGAAGAAGAAGAAGGGUCCGGGUGCGGUUUCUGGCACAGAGCUGGAGGACGGAAAGAGAGAGGGAGGAGAGCUGAACGGGGGAGGAGGAGAGCGGCCUGGAGAUGGAUCUGCCAUCGCAGCAUCCAAUGCAUCCACUCCGUCUCCUUCAGCCGAUCUCCUCGGUCUGCGCUCCGCUGCCCCCGUAAGUGUGGCCCCGCCCAGUGCAGGCAGCCUAUUGGUGGAUGUGUUCUCGGAGGCGGGGCCUGCUGCUCCGGCCGCUGUGGUCAGUGAGGAUGGUUUCCUCAGAGAUCUGGAACCCCCUACUGAGAGCUCUGACUCCUAUUUGGCUGAGGGUCCUGGGGACUCUGACUCUGCUCCUCCUUCUGUGGCCUCUGAAGAUCCCACUCCUCCUCUACCUGAGUCAGACGAGCUGCUUAACAAGUUUGUGUGUAAGAAUAAUGGGGUACUGUUUGAGAAUCAGCUCCUUCAGAUUGGUAUUAAAUCAGAAUAUCGCCAGAACCUCGGGAGAAUGUACUUGUUCUAUGGCAAUAAGACAUCAGUGCAGUUUAUAGGCUUCACAACCACUGUUAGCUGCCCAGGAGAACUUCAGUCUCAGCUGAAUGUUCAGCUGAAGCCUGUGGAUCCUCUGGUGGAAGGUGGAGCUCAGGUGCAGCAGGUCAUCAACAUUGAGUGUCUGAGUGACUUCUCUGAUGCACCACUUCUCAACAUCAAGUUCAGGUAUGGUGGAGCUCUGCAGAACCUCACACUCAAACUCCCCGUCACCAUCAACAAGUUCUUCCAGCCCACUGAGAUGGCCUCACACGACUUCUUUCAGCGCUGGAAACAACUCAGCCAGCCCCAGCAGGAAGCACAGAGAAUCUUUAAGGCAAACCACCCCAUGGACACAGAAGUGCUCAAAGCCAAGUUGUUGGGAUUAGGUACAGCUCUCCUGGAGAACGUGGACCCGAACCCUGAGAACUUUGUGUGUGCUGGAGUGGUUCAGACCAAGGCACAGCAGGUGGGGUGUCUCCUGAGACUCGAACCCAACGCACAGGCUCAGAUGUACCGGUUGACUCUGCGCAGCAGUAAGGACACCGUCGCUAAGCGUCUGUGCGAGUUGCUGGCGGAACAGUUCUAGAACGCGGCUUCUAGAACCAGUGCGUAGACCAUCACGUUCUCGAACCAGAGCAGACCAGCGUCCCUCCUCCACCUUCUCCUCCUCUUCCUUCUCUUUCUUCUCCACCUCCUCCACCCGGAACAUUCUCCGUUCAUACAGAAGGGAAAGCAACUGCCUGAUCACGGCGGCCAUGAUUACUGUCCUCAUCCUGCUUAUUAUUCUAUAUCAUCAUCAUCAUCAUCAUCAGUGCUACCGUUCCUGUUUUUAAUCGGUGUUUACCUGCCUCUGUGCGCGCGUGCGUGUGCGCGUUGUAAUGAGUGAAAUGAAAGUGUGACCAAUAGAGAGAGAGAUGGAGACAUGCUUUCCAUUUUCUCUGCUCUGUGUGUGUGUGUGUGUGUGUGUGUGUGUGUGUGUGUGUGUGUGUGUGUGAGAGAGAGAGAUCAGCAACAUUUCAACCUAUAAACAUUCCUGAGACGUAUUGUUGGGACACGCGUAUACACACACACACACACACACACACACACACACACACACCUGCUGCACAUGCAUGUUUUUGUUGGAACAUUCCAUGUCGAGUUAGAGGGGUAGUGAGAUGUGAGAGAAAUAAAACACUGCAGUAUGAAGACACUAAAUUGAGAGCACUUCCAGAGUAAAGGCAUUAGUGUGUGUGUGGGGGGGGGGGGAAGAUGAGACGUCUCUGAUCUCACUUACUUCUCACGAUUCCAUACUUGAUUAGAAUCACCUUUAAUGAAGUCUUUGUGUAUUUAAAAGCAGAAAUGUAAAGCGAUCGCUUGGUGACAUUACAUCAUUUCUCUUCGUUUUGAUGGUUGUGUUGCCUGGGUUUCAGGCAUUCCAUUAGAGGUGUGUGUGUGUGUGUGUGUGUGUGUGUGUGUGUGUGUGUGUGUGAGUGAAGGAUCAUGCAGGAGAAGACGAAUAAACACAGAGCAGAGUAAGAGCAGGUUCUCCUGAGCACUGAGGCUCUGCUUACAGAAAUGAUGUUUUCUAUUUGUUUGUCAGCUGAAGGAGAUCCUGAGCUGUAAUGACUGAAUAACAGGGGAAAGAGAGAGAGAGAGAGAGAGAGAGAAUAAGUGAGUCCUCCAGCACUCGUUCCUCACACACUGUACUCAGGUCAGUGUCUCUGAAGUUACACUACACUGAGGCACUGAGUGUCACAGCUCUGGGAUCAGGUCUGACCACACAUCCAAUUCUCCGUCACGUGUGUGAGAGAGCGAGUGGGUUUACACUGCCAUCAGAGGGACAAAGGUUUCACAGGAGCUCUCAAACACGGCUCCACAAAACACAGCUCCACAAAACACUACACAGAUCAUCUGCAGAUACGUUACUGUAACAGCACUUAUCUCUGAACACUAGUGGCUGAAGUUCAGGACUCACACACACACACACACACACAACAAGGCAGAACUCUGUCUCUCCACUCUAUUUCGUGUGUGUGUGUGUUGCAGCUCAGCAGUAAUUUUUUUUGGACUGCACUGAAAACAACAGAAAUUUCACUGCUAAUUGAAAUGUACCUGCUGCUCAUCAACUCAAUUUGCAGAGUAAAAUUCGAAGCUGAAGCUCCACAGGAACAGCAUCAGGCUUCAGACCAGAACAUCUUCCUAAAUCUGUUCUCAAAAGUAGUUCAGCUUUUUUUUACUCUUUACCUGAAUCUCUACGCCAUCAGACUCUUGGCUCCUGUAACAGUGAAGGAAUAGCAGAUAAAAUCUCGCACACACACACACACACACACACACACACACACAGAGUGGAGAAAGAUUAGAGACCUAUCAGAUUAAAGCAGCUGUCAGUCACAGGAACAGUACUGUGUGUGUGUGUGUGUGUGUGUGUGUGUGUGUGUGUAAGAAAGGAUUUAUUGGAGAUUUAUGAGACAUUGGUGUCGUUAGUUAAAUGAAGUCACUGCUCUCCUUUACUGCACUUCUGCCGUGACGUAAUGAUGGGACUUUGUCAUUGUAGUGUAGAAUCAUGUCAUAAUGUGUGUGCGUGCGUGCGUGAGUGUGUGUUUGGUGUGUGUCUUUGCAGUAUCCGCUAGCUAAUGCAGCCCCAGUGUAUCGGUGUUGAACCUGUCAGAUACCUGUGUUAGAUAAAAUUUACUCUGUACUGAAUAAUGUGAAAGUAAAACUAUGCCAUAUACUCAA